AUGAUGGCAGAGACACGGGAUGCAUGUCAAGGGGCCGACGUGGAAGCGCAGCUGACUGCUAUCGACGAGCUUGGUUCCCGCGCUAGCACGCUUGACUCGCAGCUACAGUCAAGCUUCUUUUCCCGCUUCCCACUUGAAAUCCGCCAGAGCAUCUAUAGCUAUCUCUGGCUGGCCGCUGGGCCAACUCAGCAUGUGUACAGAUCUGGCGCGUCUGUUUUGGCGCCCCUCUCUCAUUGUCAGUGCAUCGCCGACCUGGAUGCCGAGGAUAUCCGCGAGACCGAACUUGGCCGCUUGUUGAAUACUCCGCCGGCCGACCCGGCGAUGCUCGGAGGUAGUGUGGCACCGGGGUCGACGGACGAAAGAGACGCCAUCACAGAUUGGCGGUUUCGCCUCGCUUCCAACUGGUGCAACCACUGGCUAUGCGAAGAAGAGCCGCCAGUUCUACGCACAAUUAACGACAACUCCGUGUCAGCAGAGGGGGCCGACGAGGAACAGACCUCCCCAGAGAACGGCAAGAACCAUCGCCGCCGCCGCCAGGCUCUCGUCAAAGACUUCAGCCCGUUCCUGGCAAUCCUUCUCACCUGCAAGCGGAUGCACGGCGAGGCAGUCGAUUCCCUCUACGAGUCAACGACCUUCUCCUUUGUAGGCACAGGUGCGCUUUCACGCUUCAUAAAAACUACAGCAUCCGAGUCUCUCGCCCGGGUCAGUAAGCUCCAUCUGGUAUGGCGAGCCCCAAUAGAGACGUACAUGGCCCUGGACGCCGACGAGGCUGUUGCGGAGAGAACCAAGUGGGACGAGCUGUGGACAGAAUUGCCUCUCGCCAUUCCUCGAUUGAAAGAGCUUCGCAUCUGGGCAUAUCCAAACUAUCCUCGGUUUCCCAUGCCCCAUGAUGAAUGGCUUCUACCACUCCAUCAGUUCGGAAAGGUGCCCAAGUUCCGAAUCUCGUUCAGAUGGUUCCAGAACCCCCCAACGCCGGACGCCGGCCCCCUGGACUCUCUGGAGGCGGCUCCGUUCGAGUAUGACAGAAUACCUCCGAUGCAAGAGGAUCCUCUUUACCCUCACUGGCACCGCUUGAUCGGCCUACCGGACGUUGAACCACGUGAUCCCGUCAGCCGACGACAGCGAAAACGAAGAUAUGUUGGGAGGGCACUUUGA